AUGACGUGCAUUGAGUUUGAGUUGCAGGCAGCCAACAUCUUCACCAGGAACACCGUGCUAGGCACUGGGAAGGUACAGCUGGCCAUGGUCAGACAGCGGCCAAACCAUACCUACGUGCGGAAGCAGAUCCAGUUGACUUUGGAGCAUAAGCUGACAUCCAAGCUGACCGUCACUGUGUUUUGCUACGGAGAGGGCGACAAACCUCCAGCUCCUGAUGAUGCACAGGACAACAAGGAAGAGGUGGAGGCACAUCUUAACGAUCUAACAACGGCUGUGAUUGGUGAUGCAGGAAACAAGAACCAGUUCAACCAAUUCUACCAUCUUUUCGUGCAAGUGCACCGAGCAGAACAUCUGGGCGGCGGAGAGAAGACGUACAAUCCCUACGUCUCAGUGGAGUUCAAUGGCCACGAACUGCGGAGCCCAGCGGCCAGGGACACGCACACUUUGGCAUUCGAUGAACAGUUCCGGAUCCCUGUCACCACGCCUCUGUUUCAAGACUCCAUCGUGAUCAGAAUCUGGGACUCGGGCAAGUGGAUGGGUGACGAGAUCAUCGUGCAGGGUCGACUGUCCUUCUCUUUGUUGCGCAUGCAUGCACUUGCCCCGAAAUGGUUUAACUUCUACGGCUUCAAGAGCGACGAG